AUGAACCGCGAUAUCCCCCUGCCAGCGGUGAAAGAAAGGCUCAAAAUGACCAUCAAAUCCGCCAAAGCCUCGGUUUCAUCAGGAAUAGCAAUCCGCGUUUUCUGGCACCUCUUCCGCAUCUGCCUCUCAUUUUCUCUAUUAUUCCUCGACAAUACCAUCCUCGCCGUCGCGAGUUGUCUAGCAUAUCUUCGAUCAGUAGCCAGCCGUCGCAGAACACGCCGAAACGUCCGCUUCUAUCCCAAAACAGUACUGAUCACAGGCGUGGGAGCCCCUCAUGCUCUGGCACUUGCACGAGCAUGGACCGCAGAGGGCCAUUGCGUGGUCGGAGCCGAUGUCACCGAUCUAGAUCUCCCCAUCCGAUCUGGUGCCAGCAUGUCAAAAGCCCUUCAAGCAUUCUACCGCAUUCCAAAAGACCACUACAUUUCCAGACUACUCGAUGUCAUCCACCGCGAAAAAGUGGACAUUUGGAUCCCGUGUUCGCCUAAAGCUACUCCCAGUGAAGACGCGACAGCGCGACAGGUGGUCGAGAGCCGGACCAGCUGCAAAUGCAUUACCUUUGAUACAGAGCUGGCGACGUGCUUCAGUCACACGGAUACUUUUCGACAGUAUGUGAUUGAGCGGGGUCUGCCUGUGUUGGAGUAUCACAAGGUUCUUUCGCGCGACUCUGUGCAUAAGAUCUUGCAUCGGUCGCCGUCGAAAUCUUACCAGAUGUUGCGCGCUAGUCCGUCGGCGAAUGAUAAGGCUAUGCGUUUGCCGAAACGGACGACUAGUAAGACUUAUACUAGUAUCAGUGAAAUUCAGAUUUCCAAGGAUCGGCCUUGGAUUUUGCAGCAACAUUCGCGGCUGGGCGAGCUGUUUGCUGAUAUCCUCGUGGUCCGUGGUCACGUUCAAGCGAUCAAUGUUCGCUUGUCGAGUGCGCAUUCCGUACCAUGGGGCACUUCCCGCUUGGAUGAGGCGUUGGCUGCUGCAAUUCAUCAGCUCAUGCAGACUUUCGCUGCUAAAAUCGGUCCACGCUUGACCGGACAUCUCUCUGUUCGGCUCAUGGUGGAUGAGGAGUUCGAUGUGCAUUCUGUUCGACAUGCCGUGUACAUUGCCGGCUGUGUACCCGGCGCGCAAGCCGUCGAGCCUCUUUUGCAGGAUAUUAUAUCCCCAACUGCAGGCUAUCUCUCUGUCUUUCCUUCCGAUCCGGUUGAUGUUUCCUCGAAGACGACCCCGACACUCUCAUCCUCGCGUGCGACAUCUCUUUCCAGAUUCUCCGCGGCGGGCCGACUUACGGCUUUACUCUUCCAAUCCUCCUGGCUCCGAUAUGUAAUUCUAGUGCUCGGAUUGUCCAAGGCAGAAUUUGUGCGGCUAUUGUUCUGGAAAGAUCCACUCUUCUCCUUCCAAGAUCCGCUUCCUUGGUGGUGGCAGGCUCAUGUCUACCAACCUCUGCGGGAGAUCUGGAUAUUGGUGAAGCAGACUCGGGAGGCCGGUUUGUAA